CGAGGCUCGGAGAAGCGCGUCUGGAGCCGCGAGCUGAGCGGGCAGACAGGCGAGCCCCGGCGGGAGGGGACACAAUGGCGGCCCAGGCGCUGAUGCUGCUGAGGGAGGUCUCGCGGCUGGAAGCGCCGCUGGAGGAGCUCCGCGCUCUGCAGUCGGUGCUGCAGUCGGUGCCGCUCAGCGAGCUCCGCGAGCAAGCGGCGGAACUGCGCCUCGGCCCGCUUUUCUCCCUGCUCAACGAGAACCACCGGGAACAGACUACUUUGUGUGUAUCCAUCCUGGAGAGGUUGCUCCAAGCUUUGGAGCCAGUUCACAUGGCCCGGAACCUCAGGAGUGACCUGCAGAGGGGACUGACUCAUCCCAAUGAUUCUGUAAAAAUCCUCACUCUGUCCCAGGUUGGAAGAAUUGUUGAAAAUUCUGAUGCUGUUACUGAGAUUCUAAAUAAUGCUGAAUUACUAAAACAAAUCGUUUAUUGUAUUGGUGGAGAGAAUCUAUCUGUAGCUAAAGCGCUAAUUGUGGAGAUUUCUUCUGUGUCCCCAGAAUCUUUAAACUACUGUACCACCAGUGGAUUGGUAACCCAGCUCCUUAAGGAACUGACUGGUGAGGAUGUGCUUGUCAGAGCUACCUGUAUAGAGAUGGUGACGUCACUGGCAUGUACUCAUCAUGGACGACAGUACCUUGCUCAGGAAGGAGUAAUUGAUCAGAUUUCUAACAUAAUUGUGGGGGCCGAUUCAGACCCUUUCUCUAGCUUCUAUUUGCCAGGAUUUGUGAAGUUUUUUGGAAACCUGGCUAUCAUGGAUAGUCCUCAACAGGUCUGUGAACGUUACCCUGUUUUUGUGGAAAAAGUCUUUGAAAUGAUGGAAAGUCAGGACCCCACCAUGAUUGGUGUAGCAGUGGACACGAUUGGAAUUCUGGGAUCCAAUGUUGAAGGAAAACAGGUUUUACAGAAAACAGGAACUCGCUUUGAACGCUUGCUCAUGAGAAUGGGAUAUCAAGCAAAGAAUGCCUCAACAGAGCUCAAAAUUAGGUGUUUGGAUGCAAUUUCAUCUCUUUUUUAUUUACCGCCUGAGCAGCAGACUGAUGACCUCCUUAGGAUGGCAGAAUCCUGGUUUUCUUCUUUAUCUCGGGACCCGCUGGAGCUCUUCCGUGGCAUCAGCAAUCAACCAUUCCCUGAACUACACUGUGCUGCCCUGAAAGUGUUCACGGCCAUUGCAAACCAACCCUGGGCUCAGAAACUUAUGUUUCACAGUCCAGGUUUCGUAGAAUAUGUGAUGGACCGGUCCGUAGAGCAUGACAAAGCUUCAAAGGAUGCCAAAUAUGAACUGGUGAAAGCACUUGCCAAUUCUAAGACAAUUGCAGAAAUCUUUGGGAACCCAAAUUAUUUGAGGCUCAGAACUUACCUGAGUGAAGGUCCAUACUACGUGAAACCUAUUUCCACGACAGCAGUGGAAGGAGCUGAAUGAUUUUUUGUAGAGUCUUCACCACUUAUUGACCAAAAUUUUUCCUGAGUCAUCUGACUCUGUAUUUUACAAAACAGAGACUUCCCUCCCACCAGAGUUAUCAUGGAGUAUCUAAUGGAAGUUUAUCACUGACACUGGUUAUGUUUCUACACUGAAAUACAGUGUCAAUCCAGGAAAGCAGGCACACUUGGUCAUUGAUCCAGAUAUUCUUCAGACUCCUUUGACUGCCUUAAUCUUUGCAAGAAAAUGGGUUUUGUUCUCCUCCCAGAAAGUUUUUGUGGACUUCUCACUGUCUUAUUUUAAAACCCACUUCAACUUAAAUGGAACUAAAUUGUUUCUGAAUUCUCUUUAUCACCUUUUUUUUUCUUUUGGUCCUUUCCCCACUUCUGAUUCCACUUUCACAGUCUUGGAUAUAAAUAUUCUUUGUAAAACAAAUAUAUGCAAUCUUAAAAUUAUGUUCCCUGUGCUAAGAAUAAAUACUUUUAAUAAGA